AAUACAAUGUCGAGGUGUUAAAAAACAAAUGUUGUUUUACUUGAAUUAUUUAAUACAAUGAUUUGGAGAAGUGGAAUGUGAUUACAUUUUUGUGUUCUCUUCAUGAUCAUUAUAAUGAGCAGUUCAAUGAACUACAACAUUGGCAGCAUAGAUCAGUUACAUGCCUUAAGGGACAACAUUUACAUUACGGUUUAUUAUUUAUGGACACUUUCCCGAUCUAAAAAUGGGACUUUUUUCAGACUUAAGUAAACUGCAAAUAAUAUAUAUUCAGAUAAUUGAACCGAGGGAAUGUUCGCAAUUUCAUAUUUUUCAUUUGGUUUUGAAAGUCAUGUAAAUGUAUCGAAAAACUGUGGAAAAUAGAUUUUAAAUACUACAAAGUCACAUGUUAAAAAUGUCACGUCCGUUUAUACUAAUUUGUGUGGCAUUUUUUACAUCUAUGGAAGAUGUGUCCGCGACUUCUGGAAUCACAGAACAUAUACAAUUUAAUAAAUGUUUACCGGUUAGCUAUAUGCAUGUGAAGUUUGGGGCUUCAUUAGAAAAUUGUGAAGAAGAGUGCGUGAGACGACCAGCAUGUAAAUCACUGAACUAUAGACGUAAAACACGUUUAUGUGAACUUUUACCUAUUAACUCUGGACAGUCCGUACCUUUGAUCAGCUCAGCCAAGUGUGUUCAUCUCGAUAUUCGUGUCGGUGACCAACUUUUAAUACAGACAAACAGUCCGUGUUCAACGAAUGAUUGCCUCGAAGGUGAAACAUGCAACUUACCGAACUCUCCGAACUGUUUAAUCACCGAAUGCCCGGAUCUUACAGAUGGAAUAGAUCAUGGACAUCUACUGGGUAAUGUAAAUACUAUUGGAAGUGCCCGGAUUGCUGUUUGUGAAACAGGCUAUAAAAUGUUUGGAAGUCCUCGUAUGGAGUGUUCAGUCAACGGAAGCUGGACACACACAAGUGUUUGUGGGAUACCAUGCGGCGUGCCUGUAACAGUACUUAACGGUCACGUGACGAGUGCUGACAUUUUCACACCGAACGCUUUAUUUUCCUCGAAUGAUUCAAAUGUGAUUUUUUCACAAAAGAUCUAUCUGAAUGGUUCUUGGAUAGAGUUUUCGUGUGAAAAUGAAUUUUUUCUGAGAGGAACAAAUAUAACACAGUGUUUAAAUGGAAAUUGGACUAAAGUACCAAAAUGCAUUGUACCAGGUAUUGGACAGGUCUGUGUUGACAGCUCCGAAUGUACGGUGCCAGACUCCGAGUGCAGAGGCGGCACGUGCAGAUGCCUGUCACAACGGAGCUAUUCUUAUGGCUCAAAGUCUUGUGUUUAUGACUGCCAAACCUUUGCAGAUACAUUCCAGUAUGAGAUAGGGAAAAAAUUAAACUUUAAAGAUGACGAGUCCCAUUAUAUGUAUAACUACACAGCGUGCAAACAGAGAUGUCUAGAAAUCACGAGUUUCACGUGUCAAUCGUUCGAGGUAUCGAGCAGUUUGUGCCUGAUAUCAAGUAAUAACGCGAACGACGGUCUUUUCCGGGAUGCAGACGAGUUUAUAUACUACCAACGGGAUUGUUUAACCUGAUUCACAAAUAUAAAUAUAGAUGUUGUUUUUUUGGGGUUUUUUUUUUUUCAAAGAAAAAUGAUGAUGAUAAAAUAAACAAACAAACAAGAUA